CCCCACGGAUUUUGACGUUAGUCAUCGCCGCAAAAAAGAAGUAAAGAAAUUCCUAUUGUCCACGAAUUUGCGGCUGAUAAUAUUAAAUUAUAUUUUUUUCUGCAAUUAAUUGUGAAGUAGAAAGUGCAAAAGUGUACAAAAAAAUAACACUUAUUGGGUUGAAUCCGCCAGAGAGUUGUAGUUAAAAACAGUCUGUAAUCGUUGGUGGACCAAGUGAACAUUACCAACAGAGGAAAUGGAUAGCAAGGGACGCAAUGUUAUCGUAUGCGAUAAUGGAACCGGUUUUGUCAAAUGCGGUUAUGCUGGCAGCAAUUUCCCAGCGCAUAUAUUCCCAUCCAUGGUUGGCAGACCGAUCAUACGUGCAGUCAAUAAAAUCGGUGACAUAGAAGUUAAGGAUCUAAUGGUGGGUGAUGAAGCCUCACAGUUACGUUCGCUUUUAGAGGUAUCCUAUCCAAUGGAGAACGGUGUAGUGCGCAAUUGGGAAGAUAUGUGUCAUGUGUGGGAUUACACAUUCGGUCCGAAAAAAAUGAAUAUUGAUCCAAAGAAUACAAAAAUCCUCUUAACCGAACCGCCUAUGAAUCCGUUGAAAAAUCGAGAGAAAAUGAUUGAGGUGAUGUUCGAAAAGUAUGGCUUCGAUUCGGCGUAUAUUGCAAUACAAGCGGUGUUAACGCUCUAUGCGCAAGGUUUAAUUUCGGGUGUUGUCAUCGAUUCGGGUGAUGGUGUGACUCAUAUAUGCCCCGUGUAUGAGGAAUUUGCAUUGCCGCAUUUAACAAGACGUUUGGAUAUUGCAGGUCGUGACAUCACACGAUAUCUGAUCAAGUUACUGUUACUGCGCGGCUACGCGUUUAAUCAUUCCGCUGACUUUGAGACUGUGCGCAUGAUGAAGGAGAAACUCUGCUAUAUUGGUUAUGACAUUGAAAUGGAGCAGCGUUUGGCGUUGGAGACAACUGUGCUCGUUGAAACAUAUACGUUGCCCGAUGGACGUGUGAUAAAGGUGGGCGGUGAACGUUUCGAAGCGCCUGAGGCGCUAUUCCAACCGCAUUUAAUAAAUGUUGAAGGUCAAGGUAUUGCUGAAUUGGUGUUUAACACAAUACAAGCGGCCGAUAUUGAUAUGCGUCCAGAAUUGUAUAAGCAUAUCGUGCUAUCUGGCGGCUCCACCAUGUAUCCAGGUCUUCCUAGUCGAUUGGAACGCGAAAUCAAGCAAUUGUAUUUGGAGCGUGUGCUUAAGAAUGAUAUAGACAAAUUAGCGAAAUUCAAAAUACGUAUUGAGGAUCCGCCACGACGAAAAGAUAUGGUAUUCAUUGGUGGCGCUGUCUUGGCUGAGGUGACCAAGGAUCGCGAUGGUUUUUGGAUGUCUAAACAAGAGUAUCAAGAACAAGGACUUAAAGUAUUACAAAAACUUACCAAGAGCACACAGUAGUAGUAGCAAAAUGGGCCAAAAAUAACACAACAACAAAAAUAACAACAUACAUUGCGGUUAACAUUCUAGUUAUACCUACAGCUACGUUUUGUAUUAUGUUUAUUAUAUAACUUGUAAUACUACCAAUAUGUGUGUAUAUUUAAGUUAAAAAAUGACAAGACAGUACUGUUAUCUAUAUAAAUAAUUUACAAACAGUCUACUAUUAACUUUUGCUAUUUAUAAAAAAAAAAAAAACAAAAACAAAAAAACUAGUUCUCUCUGCUAACUUACGAAUUUCUUCUACUAAAUUUUUUCGAUUCCGUUUGAAAAGAAAAUAGUAAACAUUCGUGUUCUUUAUGACUUGCUCAUCACUAUUUACCGUAAGUUACAAAUAGUUACAUACGUACGUACAUACAUAUACGCUUUGUCUAGUAAAGAAAAUAUAAGAAAUAAUAUGCAUUUAAUUUUUUUGUGCGUAAACUAUGAAAGAAUGAGUAAUAUUUAAAUGUUUUGUACACUGUAAAAAUUUUACUCCAUCUACCCCCAUUGUAUGCCAAUUCUAUUUAGCAAAAACAAAAAAA